GCUCCUUGUCCCGUUGAGGGAGGGGGGCCGUGGCUCAUCUGCUAUGCGCGGCAGCCCGCGCCGGGGCCGGCAGCAGCAGCGCCGGGGCGGAUGCGGCGAGCCCACAGAGGGGCAUGCUUCCACGCACCAAGUACAACCGCUUCAGGAAUGACUCCGUGACAUCGGUCGAUGACCUUCUCCAUAGCUUGUCGGUAAGCGGUGGUGGCCGUGGCAGCAAGGUCUCCGCCGAGCGCACGACCCGGGCGGCGACCCCCUACCUGGUGUCCGGCGAGGGGCUGCGCAAGGCUCCCGAUGAUGGGCCCGGCAGCCUGGGCCACCUGCUUCACAAGGUGUCCCACCUGAAACUCUCCAGCUCGGGCCUCCGCGGCCUGUCGUCGGCCGCCCGGGAGCGGGCAGGAGCGCGGCUCUCGGGUAGCUGCAGCGCGCCUAGCCUGGCCGCUCCGGACAGCAGCGCGCCCCCCGCCUCCCGCGCCCCAGCUGUAAGCAUGAGCACCAGCAGGAAGGGCCGGCCAGGCGAAGAGCCGCUGCCCAGGCCCCCUCGGGGAGGGCCACACUCCAGCGACCAGGUGCUGGGGCCUGGAGUCACCUAUGUCGUCAAGUACUUGGGGUGCAUUGAAGUUCUGCGCUCAAUGAGGUCUCUUGACUUCAGUACAAGAACACAAAUUACCAGGGAAGCCAUCAGCCGUGUCUGUGAAGCAGUGCCUGGUGCCAAAGGAGCAUUCAAGAAGAGGAAGCCUCCAAGCAAAAUGCUAUCCAGCAUCCUGGGAAAGAGCAAUCUCCAGUUUGCAGGAAUGAGCAUCUCCCUGACCAUCUCCACCGCCAGCCUAAACCUGAGGACACCUGACUCCAAACAGAUCAUAGCUAACCAUCACAUGCAGUCCAUUUCCUUCGCCUCGGGAGGAGACCCGGACACAACAGACUAUGUUGCCUAUGUAGCCAAGGACCCUGUGAAUCGCAGAGCUUGCCAUAUUCUGGAAUGCUGUGAUGGGUUGGCUCAAGAUGUCAUCGGCUCCAUCGGACAAGCCUUUGAGCUCCGCUUUAAGCAAUACUUGCAGUGUCCUUCCAAGAUUCCGGCUCUCCAGGACCGGAUGCAGAGUCUGGAUGAGCCCUGGACAGAAGAGGAGGGAGAUGGCCCAGACCACCCAUACUACAAUAGCAUUCCCAGCAAGAUGCCUCCUCCAGGAGGGUUUCUUGAUGCUCGACUGAAAACCAGACCCCAUGCCCCUGACACAGCCCAGUUUGCAGGAAAAGAGCAAACUUAUUACCAGGGAAGACACUUAGGAGAUACGUUUGGUGAAGACUGGCAGCCAACACCCAUCAGGCAAGGAUCCUUGGACAUUUACAGCAUGCCAGAAGGGAAAGCAAAUGUAGCCCCCAUGGGAGAAGCACCCACCUACGUCAAUACCCAGCACAUCCCAGCACAGGCCCUGUCGGCCACAGCCAGCAGUGCAGAGAGCAGCCCACGGAAGGACCUCUUUGACAUGAAACCUUUUGAAGAUGCUCUCAAGAACCAGUCCUUGGGACCCAUGUUGAGCAAGGCAGCCUCUGUGGAGUGCAUCAGCCCUGUCUCCCCCAGAGCUCCAGAUGCCAAGAUGCUGGAGGAGUUGGAUGCUGAGCCUUGGUACCAGGGAGAGAUGAGCAGGAAGGAGGCUGAGGGGCUGCUGGAGAAAGAUGGAGACUUCCUGGUCAGGAAGAGCACUACCAACCCUGGCUCCUUUGUCCUCACUGGCAUGCAUAAUGGUCAGGCCAAGCACCUGCUACUGGUGGACCCUGAAGGCACGAUUCGGACAAAAGACAGGGUCUUCGACAGUAUCAGCCACCUCAUCCACCACCACCUGGAGAGCAGUCUGCCCAUUGUCUCUGCUGGGAGUGAGCUCUGCCUCCAGCAGCCAGUGGAGAGGAAACAGUGAGCCUGCC